CUUUCCUUUUCCUUUGAGCCAAAACUAAAGCCAAAAGCUUUGAGAAGAGGGCAAAAAAGAAGAACCCCAAAAAAAGAAAGGAAAAAAAAGGUCCAAAGCCAAAGGCAAAAUAAUAAAUAAAGGAAACAUCUUUCAAAUUUCAUUCAUCACAACAAGAAGAAAAAAUCUCUCUGUCUUCAGGAAAGCUGACGGUAUGGAGCAUGAUGAGACAGGAUGCCAAUCCCAUCCAGAAGGCCCUAUCUUAUGCAUUAACAACUGCGGUUUCUUUGGAAGUGCUGCAAACAUGAAUAUGUGCUCCAAGUGUUACAAGGACACUAUUUUGAAACAGGAACAAGCAAAGCUUGCAGCGACAUCAAUUGAAAACCUUGUGAAUGGAUCAAUUGCUAGUGAGAAGGGGCCAGUCGUUGUUGGCUCUGUAGACGUGCAACCUGCCAUGCUGGAAACAAAAUCUGUUGUCGUUUUGUCAUCACCUCCAUCUUCAAGUGCUGGUGAGGCUGCUGAAUUGAAGGCUAAGGUGGGCCCGAGUCGGUGCAGCUCUUGCAAGAAAAAGGUUGGUUUGACUGGAUUCAAAUGCCGCUGUGGUAACCUUUACUGUGGAUCACACCGCUACUCAGACAAACAUGACUGCCAGUUUGACUACCGCUCUGCUGGUCGUGAUGCCAUAGCGAAGGCCAAUCCUGUUGUGAAGGCUGAAAAACUUGACAAGAUCUAGAAUGGGUUAUUGGUCUCAAAUUUCGUGCUUUCCUUUUAGUUCAAAAGAGGACUUCCUCUGAUUGGCUACCUAUCACAGGCAAUUUAAAAACAUAUACAGGCGGAAGAACUCCUGUUCAUUGUCAUAGGUAGAAUUUGUUUGUUGACUCCAGUUUCAAGUCUUUGUAUGUACUGGUUUGGUCAAUAUGAAUUAGGUUUGUUAUGUGUCAUUCUUGUUCCCAUGGAAAUUGUAAUUUGGCAUUGUAAAUUAUUCGCAUGGAUCUUCUAUCUGGCUUAACUUGCUCCAGUGUGUAGUGUGUUAUCUCUAACUUACCUUGCUUUCUUGGU